AUAUGCAAGUACUUGAGGAGACUUCCACACAUGAGUGAUCAAAUAUCCCAUGCUAGCUCUUGAUACCUAGCUAGCUUCCAUUUCUCACCAUCCUCUUGACCUCCAUCUUUCCUUCUCACUUCUCUUGUUAAUUCUUGCUAGCUAAAGAGAAAAAAAAUAGAGGAGGAGUAAGAGGGGAGGAGAAGAUACUCAUUCUUUUUCUAAUAUACAGUACUUAGCACAUGUUGCAGCUCAACCCUUAAGUUCACAGCAUUUGUGAAAAGUAGAUCAGGUAGGCAAGCUUCGCUUGUUGCAGCGUCGAGCGAUCGAUCCGCCGGAGUUGGCGGCCGGCCACUACGAUGGCUGCCUACUUCGCCGGCGGUGGCGCCGGCACGGACGUCCAGGCCGGCACCGACGGCCUGCAGACGCUCUACCUCAUGAACCCCAACUUCGUCGGCUACACGGACGCCACCGCGACGCCCGGCGGCGGCGGCGGUGGCGUCGCCAGCAUGAUGCUCCUCAACUCGGCCGUGAGCACCCUUACGCCGGCGAGCUUCGUCCACCAGCCGGCGCCACCGGCGGCGCAGCACUUCGUCGGCAUCCCUCUCCAGGCGCCAGCGCCUUACUCAGGGUACAGCCUGUGGGGCCCUGACGCCGCCGGCGACGACGCGUCGCCACGCCACGGCCAGCAAGUCGGCCCCGUGCUGAGCCUGUCGUCGCGCGAGGCACCGCCGGUCACGGUGGCCGCAGUCGUCUCUGGAGGCUACGAGGAGAAGCACGCGGUGGCGCCGCCGCCGGAGGAGGAGGAGCAGGAGCAGGCGGUGAUGCGCUCCAGGUACCUGAAGGCGGCGCAGGAGCUGCUCGACGAGGCGGUGAGCGUCAGCAGGGGCGUGGAGGACGCCAAGAGCGCGGCGGCGGUGAAGAAGAAGGAGGACUCCGAAGACGGCAGAGGCGGUGAGGAGGACGGUGGCGGCAGCAAGAGCGGCGGCGGCGGCGGCGCCGGCGAGAUGUCCACGGCGGAGCGGCAGGAGCUGCAGAUGAAGAAGAGCAAGCUUCUCAGCAUGCUUGACGAGGUGGAGCAGCGAUACAGGCAGUACCACCGGCAGAUGCAGGCGGUGGCGGCGGCGUUCGAGGCGGCGGCGGGGCCCCGGUCGGCGAGGACGUACACGGCGCUGGCGCUGCGCACCAUCUCGCGGCAGUUCCGCUGCCUGCGCGACGCGAUCGCGGCGCAGCUCAGGUCGGCGAGCCGGGGGCUCGGGGAGGACUGCGGCGACGACGCGGCGGACGGCGGCGCCGGCGGCCGGACGGUGGGGUCGCGCCUGCGGUUCAUCGACCACAAGCUCCGGCAGCAGCGCGCGAUGCAGCAGCUGGGCAUGGUUCACUUCGGCGGCGGCGGCGGGUGGCGGCCGCAGCGCGGCCUCCCCGAGCGCGCCGUCUCCGUCCUCCGCGCAUGGCUCUUCGAGCACUUCCUCCACCCAUACCCCAAGGAUUCGGACAAGGUCAUGCUCGCCAAGCAAACCGGCCUCACCAGGAGCCAGGUGUCGAACUGGUUCAUCAACGCGAGGGUGAGGCUGUGGAAGCCAAUGGUGGAGGAGAUGUACGCCGAGGAGACCAAGGCCAAGGAGGGUCCCGUCGCCGGCGACGGUGGCGGCGGCGGGAGCAACAACACCGGCGACAGCGUGGUGGAGGCUGCGAAGCCGGACAGCUGUGUUGGCAUUGGCAUGUCGUCGUCGGCGAUGGUGGCGGCAGGGACGACGACGUCCGGAGAUGGCGUGCACACCGGCGGACAGGGCGCUCCGGCGAGCUUCCAUGGCGGCGACGCCUCGUUCCAGCAUAAGCUCAAGAGGGCGAGGCCGGGGGGCAAGCAUGUCCCCGACGUGGCUGUCAGCCACCGGGAGCUGCUCAUGAAGUUCAUGGAGGCCGGCGGCGAGGGCGCGAGCGGCCACCACCCGGACAUCGGCGACGUCGCCGGGACCGGCGGGUACACUCUGUUCGCGCCGCCGCCGUACGGGCAGUUCGGCUCGGACCAUUUCGCCGCGUUCGCCGGACACGGCGGCGUGUCGCUCACGCUCGGCCUCCCACACGGCGCCGAGCAGACGCCGGUGUCGUUUCACGGCGGCGGGGCGGCGGUGGCGGCGGCGGGCUACGACAUGAACAUGCAGAGCACCAAGUCAUUGGCAACUCAGCUCAUGAGAAACUUCGUAGCAUAGUGUGAUUAGUAUAAUUAACCAUAGUUAACUAGGUAAUUAGGGCAUGUGUUUAUAUAGAAAUAAGGGUUAAUUAAGGCCUUGACAUGCUUGAGAUUAGCCAUUGGGUAUAUACUGGGAUGUACACAUGUACAUGGGAGUAUUGGAUAAUGUACACAGUAGAUACAUUACAGUAUAGUUAGUUAAUGUAUUAGCCAAAAAGAUGACAUGAUUUUCUAGUUUCAUGUAUAGAUGAGCAUGCACAAUAUCUGAUCAUACAAAAAGUUAUAUGUGGCAGUUGGUCAGGUCAUCGAAUUGUCCUGCAUAUAUGUAUUGUAAAUUCAGCUUAGCUUAA